AUGGCCGCAAUUGGUUCUUUGAUCUUCUGCACCGACUGCGGAAACCUGUUGCCUGCGUCCAAGGGCACGGAGAAGAAUAUCUUGCAUUGCGACUGCUGCGGGGCUGAGAACAGAGAUCAACCCUGGAGAAUUGUGACAACGAGGACAAAGCCAUCCGAUUUCCCAUCGGCCCUACGGCAGAAGCUAUCGAUUGUGCAAACAGUAGAGCGACAUCAGGUGCAAACGGAGCGCAUCGAUACAAAUAUGGACUGUCCCAAAUGUGGGAAGAGGGGUGUGCGCUACUCCGAGGUACAGCAGCGUAGUGCUGACGAGGGUUCCACGAUCAUUUACAACUGCGAUUGCGGUGAAAGGUGCGUGAUAUGGGACUACGCCUAG